CUCUCUGCAGUACUGUAUCUAGGCUGCUGGUGUCCUGAUCCAAAUAAUUCAAGUCUGCAGAGCGGAAUCUAGCUCUGCUUUUUGGCUGUGAGCCAGACCACGAGGGCUCGCCUCGGAUCUCACCGCCCGAUUUUAGACGUCUAAUUUCUAGUCGGUGUCUGUAAGGAGCGGCCAUGGCGUCGUUGUCGACCGCCAGUGUCGGCAUCGGUCAGAGCGCGUCGUCGUUCGUCGCUGGGAGCACGAGGCUCUCGCGCGGGCGAAAGCAGCCAGCCGCGAAUGUCGCUUUCGCAGACAAGCAGCCGCGCGGUGCUCCCAUAAGAGCAGCUUCUUCCGGGUCCGGCGGUAAUGGAGGGAGCAAUAAGGAGAAGCCAGCAAUGCAGAGCCUGUACGACAUGGGCAGCAACCUGCUGACGCGCGUGCUGAGCGGCGGCGACAUGUCCGGCAUGCCCACGGCGGCUGGUGAAGUGUCGGACCUCAUCGGCCGCCCGCUCUUCUUCGCUCUGCACAACUGGUUCCUCGAGCUGGGAGGCGUGUACCGGUUGGCCUUCGGCCCCAAGGCCUUCGUGGUCAUCUCGGAUCCAAUCAUUGCGCGCCACGUGCUCAAAGAGAACGCCUUCGCCUACGAUAAGGGCAUGCUGGCGGAGCUGCUGGAGCCCAUCAUGGGCAAGGGGCUCAUCCCCGCUGACUUCGACACGUGGAAGCAGAGGCGACGAGCCAUCGUGCCUGGCUUUCAUGCCGCCUACCUCGAGGCCAUGGCUCUGGUCUUCUCCGAGUGCGCCAAGCGCUCCGUGGACAAGCUACAGGCACUGUGCGAUGGUGCAGGAGCAGGGGGCGAGGUGCGCAUGGACAUGGAAGCCGAGUACUCGUCCAUUGCGCUUGACAUCAUCGGCAUCUCUGUCUUCAACUACGACUUUGGCUCCGUCACGCGCGAGUCGCCCGUGAUCAAGGCGGUGUACGGGACACUCUCAGAGGCCGAGCACCGAGCGACCUUCUACAUUCCCUACUGGAACAUCCCUGGUAUAAGCUUCGUGGUCCCUCGGCAGUUCAAGUUCCAGCAGGACCUCAAAGUGAUCAACGACUGCCUCGAUGACCUCAUCACACGGGCUAGAGCCACGCGCCAGGAAGACGACCUAGAAGCCCUGCAGCAGCGGGACUACUCCAAGGUGAAGGACGCGAGUCUGCUGCGGUUCCUGGUGGACCUUCGGGGGGAGGACUGCGAUGACAAGCAGCUGCGGGACGACCUCAUGACCAUGCUCGUUGCGGGCCACGAGACCACUGCGGCUGUUUUGACCUGGGCCACAUACAUGCUCGCUCAGCACCCGCACGUGCUGGCGAAGCUGCAGGAGGAGGUGGACCGAGUGCUGGGCGACAGACUGGCCACGCUGCAGGAUAUCAAGUCGCUCGAGUACACCCGCCUCGUCGUGGCAGAGUCUCUCAGGCUCUACCCCCAACCGCCGCUGCUCAUUCGCCGCGCGCUGGAAACUGACAAGCUGCCACCUGGUUACAAGGGCAACCCCGAUGGUUACAACGUUCCCAAGGGAACUGACCUCUUUGUAUCUGUGUUCAACAUCAACCGCUCGCCGCACUACUGGGAGCAGCCGGAGGAGUUUCGGCCGGAGAGGUUUCUGGAGAAGCGGAGCGGCGAGGGCAUCGAGGGGUGGGAUGGUUAUGACCCUGAGCGCCUGCAGGGGGCGCUCUACCCCAAUGAGGUGGCGUCUGACUUUGCCUUCCUGCCCUUCGGUGGCGGGCCGCGCAAGUGUGUGGGCGACCAGUUCGCCCUGAUGGAGUCGACUGUGGCGCUUGCCAUGCUCCUGCGCAGAUUCGAUGUGCGCCUGGACGGGCCGCCAGAGGACACGGAGAUGGUGAUGGGUGCCACCAUGCACACCAAGGCGGGGCUCUGGUGCAGGCUGAAGCCCAGAGGAGAGAAGGGUGGGGUGGGUGCUGCCGCUGCAGCAGCAGCAGCAAAUGCGUGAUUGCUGGCAGGAUGUUGGGCAGUGGCGGUUGAGUGUGUUGUAGCAUAACAAGUGCUUGAAGCUGGGCUGCUUGCUGCACCGGCUUGGGAUAACAGCUCGUUUAGAGAAAUGUAAAGUGUUGCGUGCUUGAAACAAUAUGCAUGUAUCAAUCUUGCACACCCUCCCUACAAUCCAAAUCAACCUUGAAUUCCCCA